UUUGACAAGAUGGCGCAUACGCAAGGUGCCCAAAAACCUAUUCAGCAAGAUUGGGCAAAUAGAGAAUACAUCGAGGUUAUCACUGGCAGCAUUAAGAAGAUAUCUGACUUCCUCAAUUCCUUCGAUACAUCAUGCAGAUCACGACUUGCCAAUCUAAAUGAAAAACUCACAGUUUUGGAGAAGAGGGUUGAAUACAUAGAAGCAAGAGUAACAAAAGGAGAGACACGACCCUAGCUAAAUAGAAAUGUGCUGAUCAACAGAAAACAUGAAACAUUUGAGCAAGACGCCUCUGUUGACCAGAAAUGAGAGUGUACAGACUCCAUUUUUGAUGAUCUAGAGGUGAUGCCAGGAAAGAUGAAAACUAAUUCAUAUUUAUUUCUAUGGAAUUUUAUUCUGUGUAAAGGUUUCAUUCUGGAAAAUACUUAACACUUUACAGAUCUGAUUACAGCCAAACAGAUACUACAAUAAGGAUGAAAGGAUCUGAACUUGUGAAUGAAAAAUAAUUGAUGUAACACAUUUCGAUUGGAUCAAGUGACCAUAAGAUUAGUGUGAUCAUUGGUAAAGUAACUGUAGGCAUCAUCAGUGUUUUAUACAUCAAAUCGUUAGUCUAUCAUUUAUCAUGAUAAAAUCGAAUACCUGACAAAGUCCAGUAACACAAGCUUUAUUUACUAGUAAACAGAUUGAGGUAUCUAAUAUUGCUUAGUUCAUGAAUGGAUUUGAGACGAUCACUGUCAAAGAGAUUUUCAUUUUAUGUAAUAGAUUUGUUCAUAAGUUAAUUUAUAGCAUGCUCUGUAUUUACCAAUAAUGGACAUUCUGUUUAUUUUGUUCUGUAUGAGAGUUCAUCACUGUGAAAGGAGGUAAAAAUGUUUGAAAGUGUGUGAAAUUGGAACAAGCUAUAUUUUGUUAAAUGCAAAAUGAAUGCCUUUCCCCCCGCCCCCUCCCCACUCCAAAUAAUGAAAAGAAUUUCUUCCUGCUACAUUUUCAAAUUUGAGGGUGUGAGUCAGAAUCUGUUAUAGUCAUCAUUAACAGUUCAAAUCUUUUAUUGUAAACUAAGUUUAAUUUGUUGAGGUACAUGUAAAGACUUCUUGCAGAAGUAUCACAUGUAUGAUUGUAAUUCUGUUUGACAUUUCGUUGCUCUCGGCUAACUUGGAAGGAUACUAAGGUGUCUUGGGUACCAGACCCUUACUGACAAAAUUUAACCGUGCUAUAUGUAGAGUGAAAGGUAUAUACUGUGUCAUUUAUGAUUAAAUAAACAAGAAUAAAUAUAAA